UCUUCAUGAUGAUGUUACAGAGUUCAAGUCCAUGCUUGCUGAGUUACUAAGAGAGGCUGAGACUAGUGUUGAAAGGAGACCCUCUGCUGAUAUUCAGUUAGAGAAUAGAGAUGAUGUCAUCAUUCAGAGCAGAGCUUCAAAGUUCUUUUGUGGAGAGCAGAGAACAAGCAGCCCAUUUGAUGAUAGCUCAGGUAAUGAGGCCAUUGGACCUGCAGAAGUAGCAAUACUACAGUCAAUGGUGACUGGAGGACACAUGCUCUCAUUCAAAGCUCAUUUCCUAUCAGAACUACCAUCACUACUACCACUGAGCAAUACACUGACACACCUCAAUGUAUCAUUCAACUGUCUACAGGUAUUCCCAAAGGACAUAUGUCAAUUGACACAAUUAAAAGAUUUGAGAUUAAGAAACAACCCAAUAAGAGAAAUACCAUCAGCUAUAAGAAGUUUAAAGUCACUUCAAUUAUUAUCGAUACCAUUCAACCUACUAACUGAUCUACCACAAGGAUUGUUUGAGCUGUACUCAUUAGAGGAGCUUGAUGUAUCACACAAUAGCCUCCAAUGGAUAUCAAGGGACAUACAGCAACUGUGUAACUUAAAGAGGCUCAAUGUGCAGUGUAAUCAGUUAUCAGGACUACCAGUUACUACACUAAACAUACAAUUACAACAACUACUGGUGGAUAGUAACUACUUCCAUCAGUUACUGUGGAAAGAAAACACACACAACUCACCACAAAUGCUGUCUGAUAUGUGUUGUACAGUAUUAGCUAAACACAGUACAGUGAGUGCAAUAGAAGAAUAUCCUCAAGAUAUACAAGCACUUUUGAACAAUCCAACUGGUACGUGUGAUUAUUGUCAAGGAGCUAUGUAUGGGUGUGGUCUCAGAGCAAUACGAUCAAUUAAUAAUAAUAAUAAUAAUAAUAGUAGACACUUACCUUUCAUUCUUCAGUUGUGUUCUGCUCCUUGUCUGUACACAGUAAUGAAUAAUGAACAACUUAAGUGGAAAGAUGAUCAUGUUAUUAUCCAUUAA